AUCGAUUCGGUUGUUUGUCGAGUUGUGUGCGUGUUUCUCUGAACUUAGUUCAGUAAAAGGAAUUGCAGUAUAAAUUUCCGUGUAUAAAAGGCUUACCCAAAGGGGGCCGGUACAGUUAAAAGGAUGGCUAUUCCUGUUAACACUUGUGGUAUCCUGAUUCUUCUGCUAUUGGCAACUACAGUUAACUCUGAUGGUAGUUGCAAUAAAGGAUGUCCUCGACCCGAUAAUGGUCUACUGAAAUAUACGCCUGGUAACUUUUAUGAGUACGCAUUUGACAGCAUCUUAACAGUCGGAUUGAGUUCGGGCGUUGUCAACGAAGCGGAUGACACCAGCCUCAAAGUAACUGGCUCGGCCAAGAUCUUUGCCAAUGGCAACUGCGGCUACACACUGCAGGUCGGCGCCGUUAAGGUUAUUAACACCAAAGAAUCGAUUGAGAAAAAGAUACUGACCAACAUCCAGAAGCCGGUGCACUUCACACUGGCCAAUGGCCAGCUGGACGCACAGAUUUGCACCGAUGCCAGCGAUACCGAGUAUUCGCUUAACAUUAAGCGUGGCAUUAUAUCGCUUUUGCAAUCGGAAACCGGAACCGAUGUGACGAAUGAGGUGGAUGUAUUCGGCCAGUGUCCAACGCACACCUCAACCUCAAAGUCUGGCAAUGUCGAGACCGUGACCAAGGUGCGCGACCUGAACAGCUGCGCUCAUCGAGAGCAACUCACCAGCGGCCUGUUGUCCGGGAUUGUCAAUGAGAAGGCUGGCGUUAAGUCGACUGCAAUCUUUCAGUCCGACUACAAUAAGGAAUCGAAAAUUGAACGUGGUGUUGUCCAAAAUGUUCAGUUAGUGGAGCUGUAUAAAUUCGCGGGCACAACAAAGGGUGUAACGGAUAUCACUGCCAAGGUUGUCACCACACUGAAACUACAAAAUCCUGCCGGUACAGCAGCGAAUGCGCCGGCUACUGGUUCGAGUCCAGCCAGCAUUAUUUUUCAAAAGUCCGAAACUUAUGCGACGAAAAAUAUUGCUGCUCUCAAGUCGGCACUCGCCGAACUUGUCGACCUAACCGGUGAUUAUGUCAAAAAGGAUAGCGCCAAGAAAUUCGUUGAGCUAAUACGCCUUUUGCGACAAUCUGAUGCGGAAACCUUGCUGGAGCUGUCGGCCAUUCCGCAUCCCAACAAGGUGUUGGCUCGCAAGGUCUACCUGGACGCACUAUUCCGCACAAAUACAGCUGAAUCGGCCAGAGCUAUACUAAAGCAGCUCAAUAAAUUCGAAGUAAAGGAGAAAAUCCUUGCUAUAUUGUCGCUCAACCUAGUCGAGACGGUGGACAAGGAAACACUCAAUCAAGCGUCUGCCCAACUGUCGCCCAAUGCACCAAAGGAGAUCUAUUUGGCUGUGGGCAGCCUCGUGGCCAAGUAUUGCAACAAAAAUGGCUGCAAAUCCGGCGAUAUUGAGGCGAUUUCUAAAAAGUUUGUCGAUGGUCUUAAGAGCUGUAAGCCCAAUUCCAAGAAGGAAGAGGAACGUAUAGUGUACAUUCUGAAGGGCAUUGGCAAUGCGAAAAAUUUUGCCAAUAAUGUUCCACAAGCACUGAACGAGUGCGUCUCUCCCGGCCGCUCCAAUCGCAUACGUGUCGCUGCUCUGCAGGCGGUCUCAACCCUCGGCUGCAAUGGAGCCUUAGGGUCUAAGGCUGUCGACCUGCUUAAGGAUCACAAUGAAGAUUCCGAGUUGCGCAUUGAAGCCUACCUGGCAGCCAUUAGCUGUCCAACUGCCGAUUUAGCCAACCAGAUUUCCGAAAUGGUUAACACGGAGAAGGUUUAUCAGGUUGGUGGCUUUAUUGAAUCCAAUCUGAGAGCCAUACGCGAUUCAACGGACGCGACACGUGAGCAGCAAAGAUACUACUUAGGCAACAUUCGCGUGACCAAGCAGUUCCCGAAAGACUAUAGAAGAUAUAGCUUUAACAACGAGCUCUCCUAUAAACUGGACGCAUUGGGCUUGAGCGCCAGCUCAGAUUACAAGCUCAUCUAUUCGCAGCAUGGAUUUUUGCCACGCUCAACGCGUUUUAAUGUGACUACGGAAAUCUUUGGGCAUAAUUUCAAUGUGUUUGAAGCAAACGUACGACAAGAGAACCUUGAGAAUCUUCUGGAAUAUUAUUUGGGACCCAAGGGUUUGCUGAACAAAGACUUUGAUGAGAUUGUCAAACUGAUUGAGGUGGGCAACGGUGCCGGAAAUGGAGCUGGUGGCCGCGCCAGACGCUCCAUUGUCGACGAUGCCGCCAAGACGGCCAAAAAGUACAAAACCUAUGGCAGUAAUAACGAACAGGACCUGAACUUGGAUCUGUCGCUAAAACUGUUCGGCUCCGAGCUGGCAUUUUUGAGUCUGGGCGACAAUAUUCCAACCACCUUGGAGGACAUUAUCAAGCACUUCUCGGAAGCAUUUGACAAGGCCAAAAAGGAAUUGACCUCAUUCGAGAAACAGUUCUCCAGCCAUCAUCUCUUCCUCGACUCAGAGCUUACCUAUCCAACCGGCCUAGGCGUGCCACUGGAGCUGGCAGCCCAGGGCUUUGCGGCUAACAAAAUUGAUUUUGCGGUUAACAUCGAUGUCAACGCAAUUUUGGAACAGAAUUGGCAAAGAGCCAAAUACCGUUUGAAAUUUGUGCCAAGCGUUGAUGUUAAUGUAAAUGUUCAACUUGGCUUCAAUACCCAGGUGCUUGCCACGGGCCUUCGGGUUGUGUCGAGCGCACAUUCAGCAACUGGCAGCGAUGUGUCCGUUUCUUUGAUCAAGGAUGGCGAUGGCUUCAAUGUCAACGUGGAGCUGCCACGCGAAAAGCUGGAGCUCAUUAAUGUGCAGUUGAACACGGAGUUUUUCGUUGCCGAACAGGACAAGCCCAUCAAAUCCAUUCCCCUAAAGGCCGGCAAGAAACAGAAGACUGCCAAACCAACCGAGCUGUGCUUUAAUCAGCUGGAUGUGAUUGGUUUAAACGUCUGCUUGGUCAGUUCAACCAGUCUGAGCGAUAUUGGAGCUGGCGGCGGCAAGGGAAAUUCACUCGUUGAUGAGGUUCAUCUUUCCCGUCCAUUCACAUUUGCUGUCUACCUGACAACCGAGCGUAAAUUUAACCUCAAGGGUACGCACUCAACUCUUCCAUCGGGCAGCAAUCAGUGGAAACUACAGUAUAGUACGCCCGGCUCCAAGGUUUCCCAUGAUACCAGCUUGGCCCUUGAGCUCGGUACCAAACCCAAAACAUAUGGUCGCCUAACACUGGAUAGUCCCCAGUAUCAUCUGGGCGUGGAAGCUGGCAUUACCAAUGACGCUCAGGAGUUGGUCCUAUACGGUCAAUAUGAACAGGAUAAAACAAUUAAGAAGAGCAAAAUUGGUUUUGCCAAAAAUGGUAAUGAGUACAAGCCGAUUAUUGAGAUCCAGGAUAAAAACGGUGUCUCGAAUAACAUCAACGGCUACCAGGUCGACGGCAAGAUCGUGUUACAAAAAACGGGGGAGAAACAGGCGCGUUACAAUUUUCAGAAUUUCCAAAUCUCGAGCCGCAACAACGAUCGUUUCGUGAUCAACGGUUGGAUCGAUAUCGGACCGACCUCGCUCAGCACCGAAGUGCGUAUUGCGCCCAACCAGGAAUCGUUCCUGGUGAAGAGCAACUUUAAACUGGACAAUGGCCAGUAUGCGGCCGGUGUGUUUGUCAAUGACGAACGUGCUCCGGAGAAUGUAUACGGUGGCUCGGCACAGCUAACGCUUGGCGAAAAGGUGUAUGCCCUGCAGCUGACCGGCAAGGCUGUGGCCUGGUCCAUCAAGAGCAACACAGAGCUGGAGUACGUGAAUACCGAGAAUUCCAAUAACCUGCGUUCGGGCAAAUUUUCGCAAGAUCUGAGCGUUGAGCACAAGAACAAGCCGGUUGGCUCGGUGACAGUCGAGUCCACGUUCGAUGUGAACAAAUUCCAAUUCGAUGUUGAGGCAACACGCGACCAAAAGUCCGCUACGCUCAAUGUUAAAUAUCAAUCCAAUCAGCGUUCCGUGCACGACUACGAACUGAAGGCAAAUGCGAAACUGAACAAGCAUUCCAUUGACCUCGUCUCCAAGUGUGAUGUCAGUGGUAAUAUAUUCAUCAUAGACAAUGUCCUGACAACCAGCUGGGGCAGCUCGUUGACGGCCAAGGGUGAGCUGGGACAGCGCUACUCGGCACAGGAUGUGCACAUCGAUCUGCAGGGCAGUGCACAGCUAACGGCCAAGGAGAAGCCCGUACAAUGGAUACUCAAGGUGCUCGGCACGCCGGAGAAAACCAACAGCGAACUGCGCAUCAGUCGCGACAACGCUGAAUUAUUUAAGUUGACCAGUGAGUCGCAACAUCCGCAGGAUAAGAUCGCCGCAGCCAAGGUGAAUGUGAUUGUCAAGAAUUUGCUAACGGCCAAAGGUGAUUUUAAGAUAACCAAAAAUGGCAAAGGUGAGCUAACGGCCACCGUUGAGACCCAAAAGACUGAGCCAAAGCAUAAGCUAGAACUUGACGCCAAAUUCCACGUGCAGGCGCCAAAAUAUGAUCUGGACGCGAGUCUAACACUGGACGGCAAUAAGAAAGUGCAACUGAAAACGGAAAACACCAUCGAUAAACUGAAGUUUAGCACCAAAAAUGUGUUCGAGGCGAAUGAUAAAAAGUACGCAUUCGAUGCGAGCGGAGCUCUAAAAGGCGAAUGGCGUACAAAUGGCGAUGUCCAGGGCACGUUCACGCUCACCUGUCCGGAGGGACACAUUCUCGAUGGCAGCAUCAAUCGCCAUGUGACGGCAAAUCCCAAAACCCAUCUAAUUCAGGGCAAUAUGGAUGUGCUGUUUAACUACCAGGAGUCGGGCAAGAAACGUUCGCUAGCUUUUAAGGGGAAGCUGGAUCGUUGGAAUGUCAAAACGAAGGAACUUUCGGUUAACGGUCAAAUAAUCUAUACACCCGACAAUGGACAAAAGUCCGAGCUCAACUAUCGUGGACAAUAUCUGCUGAAGGGCAAAAACAAUGCAGUCGAACUUGUCGUUUCCGCACAAAGUCCCCUGUGGAGCCAACCCUUUGAGUUAUCCUUCACGAGCGAUGAGUCCAGCAAGCAGGAAGCGGUUCAGAUGUCCGUCAAAUUGGGUGAUAGGUUAAUAGUCAACGCGAAUGGUAAAUACGAUGCGGGUGAGGCAACUGUGCCCGCCAGCUAUGAGCUGCAAGUCAAGCUGCAAUCGCCCAAGUCUGAGUUCAAAAACUGGGAGGCUAGCAGCCAGGGCAAGUGGUUGAAGCAAACGGACAGCCAAGGUGCCUAUGAUGUGGAAUUUGCACUGUAUACCAAAUCGGGAAAUGGGCAAUUCACCAAUAUCAAUUCCGUAUGGAAGGGUACAGCGAAACAGGGCACUUACACCUUUGAUGCACAGAACAAUAAUCUAAAAGCUCCGAUCAAAUUUAAUGGCAGCUAUCAGAACGAGAAGUCGGGCAGUUUGACGGAAGGAAAUGCUAGCGGCUCGCAAAAGUACGCUUUCCAGGCACAAUAUGCCGAGAAAUAUAUUAAAACAAAUGCGGAUAUUAAUUACGGCGGAGCCGACACAGCUGCCAUCCAUUACACACUGGACACCAGCUACGAGUCUGCUAAGAAUAUCGAGAUAUCUGUACGCCAGGACAAGGCUGUCGAGGGUAGCAGCUCGCUUAGCGCUCAGUUGAAGCAGGCAGACAAGUCCUACGGGCUGGACACCAAAUUGUAUAGGUCAACGCAUAAGAAGGGACUGGAUCUGCGUGUCACGCUGCCCACGCAGCAGCCCAUAGUUGUGGUUGCCAUUGCGGAAGUCCUGGGCGAGCGUAAGGCUAAGCUCAGGGUCGACCUGGAUAAUGUGUUGGACUUGGAUAUCAAAUUGAGCGCUGAGGCCUCGUAUACUAGUAUUGAUGAUUUCUACAUUGUUGGCAACUGGAAUUCCAAGAAAUUGAAGCUAGACAACUAUGCUCUGGAUGUAAAGGGCCAGGGCAAGACCAUCAAGGUCAACCUUAAGAGUGCACAGAGCACGAUAAUUGCAGGCACAGCCACAUACAGUUUGAAGAAGGAGCAGAACAAGGCAAUAAUUGAGGGCCAAGGACAGGUGCAAUACCAGGGUAAAACGCAUAACGGCAAUUUCAAACUUGUCCGUCAAACCUUCGACCUGAACUCCGACAAGGAAGUCGGCUUUGCGUACACAAUCAAUGGCAAUGUUGGCCCCAAGAACGGUGUCGCAACGAUUAAAGUAACCAACAAGGAAUUCAACACCAAGCUGUCCAUCUGUGAGGAGAAGAAGCAAUGUGUCAACAUCCAGCUGCAGUCCACAGUGAGCGCAAACGAUGAACAACUGGACGCCGUGCAGCAUAAUGUGCUCAUCCUGGUCGACCUACGCGAGCUCGGCUAUCCCUACGAGUUGGAGUUCAAGUCCAAGCACACACGUCAGGGCUUCAAGUACCAAUACAAUCUGGACGGUCAUAUUAUAUCGAGCAACAAUCUCAAGUAUCAGCUCACGGCCAAUUUCCUGCCCGCCGGCUCAAACGUUCAACUGUCGCUGCCAAAGCGGCAAAUUGUGUUCGAGACCGUUCAGCAAGUGCCCAAGGAUGGCCAAUUCUUUGGUCAUUACGAGCAGUCCGCGGCCUUCUAUAUCGACAAGCUGCAGCGUCCGAAUGAUGUGGCACGCGUCUCGGCCGUGCUGGACUUAUCGGGCGUGGAACAGGUCGCCCUCAAUGCCAAGGGUCAACUGAAGGUUGAACAUCCAACGAUACGACCUCUGAGCAUUACGGGCAGCCUGGACGGCAACCGUGAUCAGCGCAUUCUCAACAGCGAGUUGAUAUUCGAUAUAUUCCGCAGUUCCGAACAUAAGCUGAUUGCAAAGAAUCAAAUUCGUAAUAUUCACGCGGCAAACGGUUUCAAUAUUACAUCGAACCAACAAAUCCGUUCCUCCGGCUUGCGCAUUCAAUACGAACUAAACACGCAUGCUGCUGUGAACACGGAGACAACGGAUUUCAGUGCCAGCACCGAGCUGCAGGGCAGCACAGGUGACCAGAAGGCUGGUGCCUAUCUGUUUGGCAACAAGAAUCGUGUCGAGAUUUCGGUGAACGCGCUAAAUGAUCAAGUACUUCAUGUGGCCGGCGACUUUGAUCUGCAGAAGCGUAUUGCGAAAAUCAACUCGAAACUGCAAGUUUUCGAACAGAAACCCUUGGAAGUCUUUAGCGAGAUUCAGCCAACGUGGGCCAAGGUCACAGUUAAGCGACAAAACCUUAUUGAUGCCAGUGCCGAGGUCAAGCUGGGUAAAGAGUUCAAGUUCGAUGUGAUAGGCGCCGGCAAACCCAUAUACAAUGGACGCAUAGCUCUUGAUCCCGCCAACUUCCUGCAAACCAACUACAAAACAAAUGAGGCCGACGUCUCCGCGUUCCUGAGCACUGUUGAGACGGAACUUAAGAAAGAAACGGACUCGGUAACCGAAAAUUUGAAAAAGCGUUUCGAUAAGGUCUAUCAGGAGCUUAAAGAGAAUCUUAAAUUGGCCUCUGAAAGUGGCCCAGAUUUUACAAAACUAAAGAACGCCUACGAGGAUCAAGUGAAAGCAAUAAUCAAAGAACUCGAAAACGAUCCCACUUUGAAACCAAUUAUCGAUGCUGCACGAACCGUCAUUGAGAAAAUAAGCAAAGUAAUCGACGAAGUUAUAAAGACGACAUCCGAAAAGUAUGAGAAAGUGCACAAGGCAUUUGUUGAGCUCGGUGAAAAGUUGAAGGAUCUGUGGGAGAACUCAGUGCUAAAGGCAUGGGAACAGUUGGUCGUAGCCACGACAAAGGUGCUUGGACAACUGCGUGUCGAGCUUCUCAAUAUCUGGACAAAGGCAUUCAAGGAACUGAUUGCUUGGCUGGAGAAAUACGGCCCCGCAUUGAAGAACUACGGGAAGGCGAUAAACGAGGCGCUGAAACCCUUGCAAGAAGCGGCCCAGGAACUGAUAAAGGUCGUCGUGAAUGCGGCUGAAGAAAUAAUCAACGAAGUUAAGGAAUACGUGGCCAAGCUGCCAACAUUUGAAAGCCUACGCAACGAGCUGACAACCAAGGUCAAACAGCUUAAGCUUGUCGAGCGCACAUUGGAGCUGCUCAACAAUAUAUUCGAGCAAUUAAAUAUUUUACCGCAAACACCUGAGGUUACCGAGCUGUUGCAAAAGCUUCACGAAUAUCUCGAGUCCAAACUGAAACAGUUGCCCGUCAAUGAGGAGAAGUCACUGGACGAGCUCUCAAAGUUGUUGUGGAAGGCUGUGCGUUCAGUUUGGGCGGCCGUCAAGAGCAAUACGCCCGUUGGCCGCGUUCCAUUCGCCGACUCGCAGGAUUGGCUAAGUUUCUGGCCCAGUUCGUUGGAUGCCUUGGCCAGGUUGCCGGUGGCGCUGUCGUUCCGUUCGAGUGCGAUCAACUUUUUGUUGAACGAGAACUGGGAGGGCAUAUUCAGCAAGAAUUGGUUGCAAUCUUGGCUCUUCUUCCACGACUUCGAGCUGCACGGCCACAUUGUGGAUGGCCAGCAUGUGUUCAGUUUCGAUGGCCAGACGUACGCCUAUCCCGGCAAUUGCAAAUAUAUUCUGGCCCAGGACAGCGUCGACAAAAACUUUACGGUCAUCGCGCAGCUCAACAAUGGCAAACUGAAGGGCAUCACACUGAUUGAUCGCGACGGCAACUAUAUGGAGGUGAGCGAUACGGCUGCACUUAAGGUGAACGGCAAACCCGUCGAGUAUCCGCAACAUUUGCCUGGCAUCCAUGGCUGGCGACGCUUCUAUACGGUCUACCUGCACUCGGAGUACGGCGUGCAGAUCGUUUGCACGACGGACCUCAAGGUUUGCCAUGUCAAUGUCAACGGAUUUUACACAAGCAAAACUCGUGGCCUCCUCGGAAAUGGUAACGCCGAGCCCUACGACGACUAUCUGCUAAUCGAUGGAACGCUAGCCAGCGACUCCGCGGCCUUGGGCAACGAGUAUGGUGUGGGUAAAUGCAAUCCCGUGGCAUUCGAUAAGGCCCAGCUGGAGAGCCCGACGCGCAAUGAGAUAUGCAGCGAGAUCUUUGGCAUCGAAUCACCGCUGGCCCUCCAUUACUUGACAUUGGACUCUAGGCCCUAUCGCCUUGCGUGCGAUAUUGCCGUGCUGAAUAUACCCGAAAAGGAUAAGGAAUCGGUUGCCUGCACCUUUGCCUUGGCAUAUGGCUCGGCGCUGAAGUUACAACACAAAUGGGUAUUGUUGCCAACGCGCUGUCUCAAGUGUUCCGGUGCGCCAGGUCAGCGUGACUUCGGCGAGGAAUUCACCGUGAAGACGCCAACCAACAAGGCAGAUGUUGUCUUUGUGGUCGAUAUUAAUGUAACGCCCAGUGUUUUGGCCAAUUUGGUUGCGCCCGCAAUAACCGAUUUACGCGAAUCGCUCAAGACACGUGGAUUCUCCGAUGUUCAAGUGGGUGUGAUCGCAUUUGAUGAGAACAAGCGUUACCCGGCCCUGUUGACGAGUGACAACGGUAAAAUCAACUACAAAGGAAACGUGGCCAAUGUUCAACUGAAUGGGCCAAAGAACUUCUGCGAAAAUUGUGUCGAGCAAAUUAUCACGGAAAAGCGAUUACUGGACAUCUACAAUACGCUCGAGCGUUUUGUUAAGACCAUUGUUCCGCAAUCAGAUGAAAAGGCAUUCCAAUUGGCUCUAGAUUAUCCGUUCCGUGCCGGCGCAGCCAAAAGCAUUGUUGGCGUUCGCAGCAAUUCCCUUCAGUACAACAACUGGUUGAAGUUCGUUCGAGCCCAAAUAACAGGAUCCGUGACCAAAUUCGAUGGGGCUCUUCUUCACUUAAUAGCGCCUAUAAAGGGACUUGCACUGGAGGGUGUUCCAUCGGAAAAGCUAGUUGGUUUUAAUGCGCGUUUGGUGGCCACCUUAGAUGGCAAGGAUAACAAGAAGCGCACCAAAUUGCAAUUCGAGAACGACAUGGGCAUUGAUUUUGUGCUCAACAACGGCGGUUGGGCAUUCGACACACAAAACUUCGAUAAGCUCAAAGCUGCUGACCAAAAGAAGGUGCUCAACCAGGUCACAUCCUCCAUUGCAGACACCCUAUUUAAAACCGAAACGGUCAGCGAUUGUCGCUGUUUGCCCGUCCAUGGAUUGCACGGUCAGCACAAGUGUGUCAUAAAGUCGUCUAGCUUUGUGCCGAAUAAGAAGCCUAAAGCCGCAUAAAGCUGUACAUGGAAAAUAUACAAUAUUAUUUCUUAACUGCAAUUUUGACCAUAUGUUUAGAUUGUAAAAGAAAAACAAGAACUUCUCAAAUAAGUCAUUAAAACAAGUUUGUGUUAAACGAAAUGCAUUUUUGUAUACUGCCUUUUAUAACCUUAGAACAAUAAAUACAGAAAUUAUUC